AUGUGGCGCGUGAUUGUGAACUUGUGUAAUAUCGUUCAAAAUGACUUGAAACGAAGUUCAUUUGUGUGGAAAAAAACAAUCGGAACUGUACUUGACAAUUGGGAAAGAUUCACCUCUGAUCAGGCCGCUGGGAUUCUACUUGCAUUAUACAAAUCAAACAUGCAUCAGUCGCAACAAGGUGCCCAAAUUUCGAAUUUAUUUAUGAAUAAUGUGGAAAAGUAUAUAACUUCCAAUAAUUUAAAUUUUACAGCUGCCAUAAAUCUUAUACAAUUGUAUUUUGAACUCAAUUCUACAAGACAAAUAUCACAAUUCGACAUCUCUAGAGUUGGAAAAUUGCUUUUACAUCUCAUAGAAUAUAUUAAGGCUAAAUCUAAUGAUGAACUCGCAAAAAUAUUGCCGCUAUUGUCAAUAUCAUCGCCUAUAUCUAAUUGUCGUGUAGAUACCCAUACACUUAAUUACGUCUAUGAAAAAAUAUUAAGUUAUCUAACGGAUAAAUCUAUCCAAUCAUUUGUACCAAGUGAAACAAAUGAGAUUUUCUGGCUCAUGGAUCAAAUUAGUUUGCUGGCAUUUACUCUAUCAAAUUACAGGCACUGUGACAUAGAUCCCACGCAAUUGUUACUACUUAUUGGUGAAGCAAAAGGUAAUUUGACAUCAUUAUUACGAUUGCACAAUGCAUUAAUCAGGUUAAAUACGAGAUAUAGCCUUUCAAAUUAUUUAAAAACUACUACAUCGCAAUUGAAUAGCCAGUCACUGUGGCAUGACAAACCACAACUUAUUGCAUCCACCAGACUAAUAUGCAACCUUCAGAUGUUUGAUUCCCCAUACAUCAAGAAACUAUACCAAUUUGUAUGCAAUUCAAUAGAAAGUAUUGACAAGAUGGAUAAGCAUGAAAUCGAUAUUUAUUUGAGAUGUACAUUAGAUAGAAUGGAUAAAAUGGAUAUACAAUAUCCAUUUCUGAAAAAACUUAAUGCCAUUGGUGUUAUAAAUAAGCCACAUCGGGCUAAUGUAAAAUGGAAUGCCCCCUUCCCUAUUCCGUGUAAUUGA